AUGAGAGUCUUGUGUGUAAUAACGGCACUAUUGAGUGCUCUCACUCUCACGUCAUCGCAAUUCACAUACAUUUUUGAAGUCCAGGACGAAAACCGUGGCCCGAAUUCGGAACUGUUCGGCGACUUAUCUCAGUAUAAGUUUGUGCCGCCGUCUCAACUGCCCCGCAAUACAGCGCCCGCUCGUCAGCCGUCCGCACCUCAACCCCAAGAACCUCAACCACCGGUCUCUUCCAGAAGACAGGAUCGCUUCGAGGAAGAGCCGCAGCCGCGGAGGAAUCGACUGAGCGGUGCCGCACAGAACCCGAGACAGUUUGUGGUCAGAGCCCCACCGCAGGAGAAUAGACAGGCGUUGUUGAGACAAGAGUUGAACCAACUUCCACCCCAACAAUUGCAGCAAUUGCAGCCAGCACCAUUGUCAUCAGUUCAAUACCAGGCUCAGCCGCAGACAGCGAUUCCCGUCGCUCAACCGGCGCCCCAAAACUUUCCCGAACUACAGCCGCACCAAACGGCUCAUUUGAAUCCAGUGCUCAGAACUAUUGUCCCGCGACAGUCGGCACCCGCACCGGCAUCGGCCCCACAACAGGACCCUAACUUUGAGUUACUCCAGAACUUUGUUAGAUCUCAGGCUCAACCAAAUCCUUUCCGUCCAAAUGCCGCUCAGACUCUGGGCCAAAGCCCCCGCUUUAACCCCCAGUCACAGCCCCCGCCUCAGUCCCAGCCUCGACCACAACCCCAACCACAGGCCCGUCAACCGCAGCAACAGUUCAGAUCUGGACCCAGUGUUCAGUUGGGUUCCACCGCUUCUGGAUUACCGACACUUAAUAUCAAUAACAAAGACAGUCUCACAGAAGACGACUUGAGGGCCAUUGAAGAGCACAACCGAAGAGUUCAGAGUUUUCUCCGACAGCGACAACAGCAACAACAACAACAGGCCUCUCAUCCCACGAAUCGGGGCCCACCGCAGCCACAACCACAGCCUCAACCACAACAACCGGCACCUAUUGUUAGGCGACCGACAAUAGAUCAAAACACUUUGAACGAAAGAUUGGCCGCACAGAGGGCUCAACUCCAAGAACACAACGCCCAACAAGAGAGAGCACUUCGGGAGAGAGAGCACAGAGAAAGAGUGGAUAGGGAGCGACUCAUGCAGUUACAAAUCUCCCAAAUGCUGAGACCGGAAACCAGGGCUCAGGUGGCGCCACAACUGCAGACACUGCCGUAUCUGCGGCCACAACCGCAACAAUUCGGACCCGAAAUACAGGCCGGAGUUGAAUACGCGCCGCAACCAAACCAACCCGAAGAACGACAACCCGUGGAAAGACAGCCCGAAGUACGUCCGGUUCCCGUCAGCUAUAAUAACGUAAGAGUUCCCGAUAGAAGACGAGUGGCGCCGACGACUCCCGCGCCCCGAAACUAUGCCAUUCCCAGGACUACAGCCGAACCCCAACACAAACCCAGCGCUGAAAGUCAAAGACCGGCCACUUUAGGCCUCGCAGCUCUGCCCACAGACACUGAUCAGGAUGGUAUUCCUGGUGAGGCCGGAAGAGACUAUCCGACCCUCGAGACCAUUCCCAAGACAUCGUUUUCGUGCGCUCGACAACCAUUGAGCGGGUAUUACGCGGACACGGAGGCGGCGUGUCAAGUGGUGCAUCUGUGCCAAUUUGGUGGCGUCCAGGACUCGUUCUUGUGUCCGAACGGAACCAUUUGGAAUCAGGAAAAGUUUUCGUGCCAGUGGUGGUAUGAGGUCAGUUGUGCGAAUGCCCCGCGAUUUUAUGCUCUCAACCAAGACUUGUAUAAACUCCCAGAAAAAGACGAUAAACUCGACGAUAAUAACAAUCGUAAUCAGAAAUAAUGUGU